AUGGUUCAAGUCUCACCCGUCACAUUCGAGCACCACCGAGAUACCCUCGGGAUUGGGCAAACUGCGCCAAGACUCUCGUGGAAGUCGACGGGAGACGAGAAGAACUGGAUACAAUCUUCUUAUGAGCUCAAAAUAACCAUCCAAGGUCCUCAUACGAAGAUUGGAAAGCCUGAGACUUUUAAAGUCGAGUCUUCCGAAUCGGUUCUGGUACCAUGGCCAGGUGCUACUCUGAAAUCGCGAGAAUCAGCAACUGUUCAGGUCAGAGUCACGGGUGCAAAGGACUCGGAUCCAUCAGAGUGGUCUGCCCCAUCUACGGUUGAGAUUGGUCUUCUUGAAAAGGAUGACUGGAAAUCUCGAGUCAUUGCUGCACCCAGGAUACUCAGCGCCUGUGAUUCGCUCCGACCAGCGUUGUUUCGAAAGGAUUUUCAUCUGGGCAAAAAUGUCCAGUCUGCACGUCUUUAUAUCACGGCUUAUGGUGUCUAUGAGGCUUUCAUCAACGGAACGAAAGUCGGGGAUCAUGUCUUGGCACCAGGAUGGACAUCCUACAAGUACCAUCUCAAUUACCAGACUUUUGAUGUCACGGAGCUGCUCAAGAAGGGAGACAAUGUUAUUGGAACCGAAGUUGGGGAAGGAUGGUUCAGCGGAAGACUAGGCUUUGGGGGUGGUUGGAGAUGCAUAUAUGGAGACAAACUCGCUGUUCUCGCCCAGCUCGAAAUUACCUUCGAUGAUGGUCAGGUAGAGACGAUUGGAUCCGAUGACACUUGGAAGAGUACGGAAAGCGCAAUUACUGCAGCUGAGUUGUACGAUGGAGAGUCAUACGACGCGAGGGGUGAAGCCCCUGGAUGGUCAUCACCAUCUUUCAAGCAUGGAUCAUGGUCUCCUGUCACCGAGCUGGACUUCCCUGCCACCAAACUGCAAGCGCCAGAAGGACCUCCAGUUCGAAAGGUCGAAACUGUCAAGCCUAAAUCAAUUUUCAAAACUCCAGCGGGCAAGACCGUUGUCGAUUUCGGGCAGAACCUCGUAGGCUGGUUGAGGGUGCAUGUUUCUGGGCCAUCAGGUCACACGAUCACCUUUACUCACACUGAAGUCCUCGAGCACGGCGAGAUUGCGACUCGGCCACUUCGUAAAUGUAAAGCACAGGACUCACUUACUCUUGCUGGGAAAUCCAUAAUUUGGGAGCCAAAAUUCACAUUCCACGGUUUCCGAUAUGUUCAAAUCGACAACUGGCCAUCGGGAGACCCUACAGUCAGCGAUCUUGAAGCCAUCGUGAUUCACACCGAUAUGCAAAGAACAGGCUGGUUCGAAUGCUCAGAACCGAUGAUCAACCAACUUCACCAGAAUAUCUGCUGGGGAAUGAAAGGCAACUUCGUUAGCAUCCCAACCGAUUGUCCUCAGCGAGACGAACGCCUUGGCUGGACAGGUGAUAUCCAGAUCUUUUCUCCGACAGCCAACUUCCUGUACGAUACCUUCGGCAUGUUAUCCGGCUGGCUCAAAGAUCUAGCCGUCGAGCAGAUCAAUGAAUUGAAUGGAGUUGUCGGCGUCGUCGUACCCGAUAUCCUCCCCAGACAAUUCACGCAGCCACAGGCAGCUUGGUCAGACGCAGCUAUUAUCACGCCAUGGGAUCUAUACACCGCAUUUGGUGAUCGUCAGAUCCUCAAAGAUCAACUUGAGAGUAUGAAAGAGUGGUUGGAGAAGGGCGUGGCGAGGCAGGAAAAUGGUCUUUGGGAUCCGGAUGGAAAUCAGCUGGGCGAUUGGCUGGAUCCAGAUGCUCCUCCUGAUGAUGCAGGUAAGGCGAAGACAGACCCUCAUCUUGUCGCCAAUGCGUAUCUAGUCCAUGUUACGGACUUGAUGUCCAAGAUUUGUGGGAUACUUGGGCUGGGUGAUGGCGUGAAGCAUUAUGGAAGCGAGGCGGAGAGGUUGAAGAAACUGUUCCAGGAUGAAUACAUAACGCCCAAUGGUCGUUUGGCUCCAGAUACUAUGACAUCCAUCUCCCUCGCCAUAAACUUCAACCUCUUCUCCACCCCCACCCAACUCUCCUCCGCCUCCACCCGCCUCUCAAAAAUCGUCCGCUCCUCCACCUUCAAAAUCGGUACCGGCUUCGUCGGCACCCCACUCAUCCUCCCCUCCCUAACCUCAACCUCCCAAUCCCAACUCGCCUACCGCAUGCUCCAAGCCACUAAAUGCCCCUCUUGGUUAUACCCCAUAACCAUGGGCGCUACUACCAUGUGGGAACGCUGGGACUCGAUGUUACCUGAUGGAAGUAUCAAUCCGGGCGAGAUGACAAGUUUUAACCAUUAUGCGCUGGGCAGUGUGGGGGCUUGGUUACAUUCCACGGUUGGUGGGAUUAGUCCCAAGGAGCCGGGGUGGAGGGUGGUGAAGUUUGAGCCUGUGCCUGGGGGGACGCUGAAGUGGGCGAAGUGUAGGCAUGAAGGUCCGUAUGGAGAGGUGAAGUGUGAGUGGAAACUUGAGGGGGGGAACUUCGAUGUCAAGGUGGUGGUGCCGCUUAAUUGCAUGGGUGAAGUCAAACUCCCUGGAAAGGAUGAGGUGCAUACAGUGGGCAGUGGCGUGUACGAGUUCUCUGUGGACGGGUACGAUGCGGGAGAGUGGCCUCCAAAAGCAAUUUCUAAUCCUUUCACGGCUCCGGAGAAGGAUGAAUUUGAUGAGAAAUAAUGAAUGACGAAAAUUACCUGUUUGUAUUUAUGAAUCAACUCUUUAUCUAGUAUUUCAUUCAUUCUUGUUUUCUCUACGACUUGAAUUGAAGAGGAAAUCAUUUUGUUCGUUAUCCAGGACACAGGUCUUCGCCACGUGGAAACUACACCCCCAGAUCCGAUCAUUCAUGUUUUUAAACCUCGGUCUUGGGUUUCUGAUCACAGCGUCUACCUCAUUUCUGCCUUACGACACGAGGAUCGAUGAGCAAAACCCGAGGUAGCAAUCUCUGCCCGUUCGUUAAGGUUUCUCCUUCUCCGUCAGAGGAUAGUACUAUCAAGAAGAAAGCAAAAGCCGAACUGUGUCAAACGAGACGUACCUCGAUUGACAUCUGGAGCAGUAGCCAUCCAGAUCAGCAUCUAGACUUUACACCGUACUCGAUUUGUGUCUCAACUCACGCAAUUUUGAACCAUCUCGGCAAAAUACCAACUCGCUAUGUUUUCGGGCAAAAGCGAGUAGCGGCCGAAGGAGGUGGACGGUGCACAGGCGAGCCCGAAACAAGACUUUGAUGAACGUUUUGUUGGACUCUUUGUACAGUGGACGCACUGAAAGGUGAUGAGUGGAGUGAUUAUCGUUAGAUAAGAGCAAUGCGGAGACAAUGUUCUGCUUACUUUUCGUUCAAAUCCUACAGGGUAGCGCCAUAUACGUAAUCUCUCACUUGCUCGUCCUUAUCGUCGUCGUUAUUACUCUCGCUAUCGGCGUUAACAGUAGACAUAGUAGUUAUGAUGUCUCUACAUUCGAAAAUCAUCACUUGAGGUAGCUGUACUGAAAGCAAAAGUGCAUCGACGCUUAUGAAGGUCUUACUACGAUCGGGAUCCAUUGUACUAGGUAGUGAAAGCUGAGGAUGUAAUCAAGCGAGCUCACUACUCUGGUGAGUCUGGUUUGCCCGGAACAGCUAUAUCCUCAAUUCGAAUGAGCGACAGAGACUCGAAUCCGAUUUCUCGAUUAUUUUUGCCCAUACUCGUCAUUCUCUAUGCAAGCAAGCUGAACUUAUGUGAGACAGUUGAGAUACAAUUUGUGAUAAGUACAGAGUUUACAGCGCUCCAACCGAUCGGAAUAGUAUACACCCACUCGGGGUCUGAACUGCCAGAUCGUAUAAACAGCAGGCCGGAUCGGGAUGCUCCUCGCAGGUAUCUCCGAGGAGCUCGGCCCACCCGAAGGAUGGAUGAGAUAUUUCGGUAGGGAAACCGGAAGCUCAGAGACAUUUAAACUUUUCGAUAUCCGCCACGUCUGGACCUGGUUGGCGAGACGCGUGUGGACUAGCCGAGGGGGGCGAUCUAAUCAAG